UCUCUAUCAUGGCUGACUCGUCAUCGGAUAUUGAUGUUCCAGAAGGUUGCGAAGUUCGCAAAUUAUCUGAGUUGAGAGUUAUCGGCUUGAAGGCCGAAUUGAAGAAACGAAACCUAGACACUACAGGCAUCAAAAGCGUCCUUUCGGAGCGUUUGAAAAAGGCUAUUGAGGAUGAAGGUGGAAAUCCAGAGGAGAUUUAUGUGGCUGCUGAGCCAACUAUGAAGAAGACCCCUAAGCGGGCCACAAAAGCAGAUGCCAGGCUGGACAGCGAAGAACGAGAAGAAAGCAUGUUGGGAGAGGAUUCCCAUGAUGGCCAGGAUGAACAUGAGAACAUGCAGGACAUGAGCAUCUUCGACAUGAGCGUUGUAGAUGAGGCGGACAAUGAUAAUGGAAUACCAGCAGAGGUGGAAGAGGACAAAAUGCAGGACUCUGAGGAGCUCUGUGACGAAGAUGAGUUAUUGCAGGACACUGUGGAACAAGACAAAGAGAAGCUGGGGUUGGACGAUGCAUCGCCAACUGAUGAAAAGUCCGUGUCUGAGCUGCUGGAUAUUGACAUGACAAGCACUUCUCCUAAUAUGGCUCCGGAACCAGACGCAGAUGACCCCAAGGAGGAAACAGAAAAUGAAAAAGUAGCCGGGUCUUGUUUAUCUGAGCCACUUAACGAAGAUCCCCAAGAGAGCCAUGAGGAGACCCCCGAAGAAGAGCCAGCCGGACCCCCGGGAGGACAAGACGAUGCGUGCGACGACGCUGCCAGGACCGACGAGGCUGCCCCCGGGCAGGUGGCGGGGGACCCAGAGGUCACAGAGGUCACAGAGACUGAUGUUGAGGGGGUUGGGGACAGUCACGUUGUCCCGGGACAGACAGUCGAUGCGCAGAGCGAAAGCACUCAGGCCGUUAGUGUAAAUGAACAGGGGGCCGCGGGCGAAACGGUUGGUUCAGAAAUGGGGUCUAAGAAGGGUGAGGAGGAAGAGAAGAAGACUGAAGAGAACGCUUCAGCAGAUGCGUCCUCUGCAGCCAAAGAGUCCUCUACUGUAGAGGGCGAUGAUCAGAAAAAGAGUUCUGAGGAGAAAGAGGCCAACACGGAGACAAAAGACGAAAAGGCUGCUGCUGGAGCUAAUGUUGCAGCAGGGGCUAGCAGGAAUCUCUGGGUCAGCGGCCUCUCCUCCACGACCAGAGCGACUGAUCUGAAGACCCUCUUCAGCAAGUAUGGCAAGGUGGUCGGGGCCAAGGUGGUGACCAACGCCAAGAGCCCUGGAGCCCGCUGCUACGGCUUCGUCACCAUGUCCUCCAGCGACGAGGCCACCAGUUGCAUCACCCACCUGCACAGGACGGAGCUGCAUGGCAAGAUGAUCUCCGUGGAGCGGGCGAAAAAUGAGCCCGCGGGGAAGAAGCCAGCUGACCCCAAGAGCGCUGUCGCUGAGAGACGUAAUUCCACAGACUCGAGGUCCGAGGGCAAAGACGAGAAGUCGGAGGGUGAAGGGAAAGAUGGCAAAGGUCUCGAGAGGACGGUGGUCAUGGACAAAUCGAAAGGAGAGCCAGUCAUCAGCGUGAAGGCUAAAAGCAAAAGCAAGGAGCGUAGCUCCAAGAGCCGCGACCGCAAGUCCGUCAGCAAGGAGAAGAAGGACAUCCUGUCGUUCGACCAGAUCAAGGAGCAGCGGGAGAGGGAGCGCCAGAGACAGCGGGAGAGGGAGAUCCGAGAGGUGGAGAGGCGCCGGCACACAGGGGAGGCUAAUCUUUCUCCGUCGGGGCCGUUUAGCGACCGCGAUCGGGACGGUCGCACGGAGCGCGAGCGCAUCCGUCAGUUCCGCGAGCGGGAGGAACGGGAGCACCUGAUCCGCAAGAGGAACUGGCUGGAGGUACGCCCCCCCUCAUCGGUGGAGAAGCAGCGUCUGGACGCCGACCGCAUGGAGCGGCAGUUCCUGGAGCGGGAGCGGCAGCGCAUCGAGUUUGAGCGCCGGCGGGAGCAGGAGCGCAUCCAGCGGGAGCGCGACGAGCUGCGCCGGCAGCAGGAGCAGCUGCGCUUCGAGCAGGAGCGCCGCUCCACCAAGAGGCCCUACGACAUGGACGGCAGGAAGGACGACUGGCCCGAGAAACGCAUGAACAUGGACGACCGCUACAACCGCUCGGACACCAGCCGCCCUGAGCGCUACCAAGACUUCGACCACCGGGACCGCAGCCGUUACCAGGACAACGGGAUGGCUGACCGGCGAGACAACUCGCGUGCCGUUGGCGGAGACAGAGAUGGCCCGCAGUUUACAGAUCGGUCGGAUCGAAGCACAGGAGGCAGAGAAGGGAGAGACAGCUGGAGCGGAGGAUACGACAAGCGAAUCAACCCCAGGGAGGGAGCACGCGACUGGGACUCGGGUCGGAAGAUGGACAAUGACAGAACAUGGCAAAAUCGAGAUGGUGCCAUCCCUGGACAGUCCCACAUGGCACGGGGAGGAAUGGCUAGUCGUGGGGGCUACAUCAACACAGGCACCUCCCAGUCUCUCUCUGGAGCUCUGAACCGACAGAACCAGAUGAUGCAGGGCAGUGGUCUGCAGAGCGGGGCCUUCGGACGCCGCUACUAACCACAGGCGACCGGGCGAGCGUGCAUGUUGGACCCUCUUUCUACUCUCAAAGAUGAGCAUUUAGUUUUCCCGUCAGCAAGCGAAGACUUGAUAUUCAUGUUUUUUUUUUUUUUUUUUCUGCGCGUGUUUAGUAGGAGGUUGUGGUGUGCGGUUCACGCUGAGAACUUUCUGUUUGAAGAGCUUCCCUGUGUCUCCCGACCAGUUUGUUCUUGUGUUGGGAAAGCCCGGCCACAUGUCUCUGGUCAGCUCUGGUCUUCUGGUUUUGUUUUCAGUAUUCCAAGGACAGAUGUCAACUGUUGAUUAUCUCUCUCAAAGUUCUGUUUUUAAGUCUACCUUUUCUGUGCGACUUUCUGUAAGAAAAUGAAAGGUGGAUUUUGACAGUUUUUAAAUAUUUUUCUCAUCGCAGAUUGAUAGCAAGUGCUUGUUACACUAAUUUCUUUUGACAUUUUAUUUUAUUGUGGCAUUCAUGCACGCGCUCUUUGAGGGUAUUGCUGAACUUAAUAUGCGGUAAAUGUAUUGUGUCGUCCUUUUGACUCCAAUUUUCUGUAUGAACAACAAUGUAUUUGUUUUUGUAUAUAAAGACUCGCUCUCUUAAUUGCUAUUGCUACUUCUGCUCAGUUCCCUGGUUUUCUACCACACUCACCGGACAUAUAACCUUGGUGAAUUAGUAUCAUGUGAGAGGCAGAACAUAUGUAGGAUUAUGUUGCCAGCCACAUUAAACAAUGCAUAUUUUACAAUUA